GCGGCGAGGGACUGAGCAGCCCCAGCGCUCGGCGGCCGCGCAGGAAUGAUGGGGAACUAGAGCCCAUGACAGUUCAGUGGAGCCGUUGGCACUUUUGAUAUCUCGGCAUCUUCGGUUAUCUAAAAGCAAGCCAGUCCCAGGAUAAGGACAGCAGCAAGUGAUAUAAUGCGGAAACCAGGCCCUCAAAAAGCCAUAGACUGGAAAGAUGGUAAAAAGCACAAGUACGGCCGCCCAUCAGAGUCUCCCUCCCAGUACCAAGGUCACUUCACCUGGGAGAAAUACCUGAAAGAGACCUGUGCCAUCCCAGCUCCUGCCCAUUGCUUCAAGCAGUCAUACACUCCACCUGCAAAUGAAUUCAAGAUCAGUAUGAAACUAGAAGCCCAGGACCCUAGGAACACCACCUCCACUUGCAUUGCCACGGUGGUGGGUCUGACAGGCGCACGCCUCCGCCUGCGCCUCGAUGGCAGCGAUAACAAGAAUGAUUUCUGGCGGCUGGUGGACUCUGCUGAAAUCCAGCCCAUAGGAAACUGUGAGAAGAAUGGAGGGAUGCUGCAGCCUCCACUGGGCUUUCGGCUGAAUGCCUCCUCUUGGCCUAUGUUCCUUCUGAAGACUCUGAAUGGAGCAGAGAUGGCUCCUGUCCGGAUUUUUCACAAGGAACCACCAUCUCCAUCCCAAAACUUCUUCAAGACAGGUAUGAAGCUGGAGGCAGUGGACAGGAAGAACCCUCACUUCAUCUGCCCGGCCACCAUUGGGGAGGUGAGAGGUUCUGAGGUCCUCAUAACAUUUGAUGGCUGGAGAGGUGCCUUCGAUUACUGGUGCCGAUAUGAUUCCCGGGACAUCUUUCCCGUAGGCUGGUGCUCGCUGACUGGAGAUAAUCUGCAGCCCCCUGGAACAAAAGUUGUGAUUCCAAAGAGCCCUUUACCUGCCUCCGAAGUAAACUCGGAGAAACCUAGCAUGCACAGUAGCACAAAGACUGUUUUGGGGCAUCAACAAGGGCAAAGGCGUCGCAAAACAGGGAAGAAGCGUGGUCGAACGACCAAAGCGCUAAUCCAUCACCCCAUGCCUACACCCUCCAAGUCAGUGGAGCCUUUGAAAUUCCCCAGAAAGAGAGGCCCCAAGCCUGGCAGUAAGAGGAAACCUAGGACAUUGCUGAACCCAGCACCCACCUCUCCAACAACCAGUACCCCAGAACCAGACACAAGCACUGUGCCCCAGGACGCUGCUACAAUCCCCAGCUCUGCCAUGCAGGCUCCCACAGUUUGCAUUUACUUGAACAAGAAUGGCAGCACUGGGCCCCACCUAGACAAGAAGAAAGUUCAGCAGCUGCCGGACCAUUUUGGACCAGCUCGAGCUUCUGUUGUUCUGCAGCAAGCAGUACAGGCCUGCAUUGAUUGCGCUUAUCAUCAGAAAACAGUCUUCUCCUUCUUAAAACAAGGCCACGGGGGAGAGGUCAUCUCAGCUGUGUUUGAUCGGGAACAGCACACUCUGAACCUGCCAGCAGUAAACAGUAUCACCUACGUCCUCCGCUUCCUGGAGAAGCUCUGCCACAAUCUUCGCAGUGACAACCUCUUUGGGAACCAGCCUUUCACUCAGAACAGCCACAUGCAGCGCUCACACGAGUACGACCACGACAGGUAUCUACCAGACAGAAGCAGUUCGUUAGACGGCACUCUGCAGGGACCAGGCCGGGGUGCAAAGCGAUAUUCCCAAGAUUCCCCUCCAUACAGUGCUCCUCUCUCCCCCAAGUUACCAAAGAAUGACCGUCACCCUUUGGAAGGUGAAACCUUUGUUCUGGGAGAUGGCCUCCCAGGGCCCUUGGAACCUCGCCUGGACCCCAUGGACUCUGCCUUGAACUCUGUCAAUUCAUCCAGCCACAGCAGGAGCUCCAGAGACUAUCGCCUGCAAGGAUACAGGCACCUGCACCAACCCUCUAGCCUCACCCAGGGCAGUACCUCUGCCUUGCGUAGGCUUAGCUCUGGGGGUUCAGACAGAUACCUUGGAUCUCGAGACGUCUCGCGGCUGAGCAGCCGCGACCCCUCGUCCUGGACAGUGGAGGAGGUGAUGCAGUUCAUACGAGAAUCGGAUCCACAGCUGGGACCCCAUGCUGACCUCUUUCGAAAACAUGAGAUCGAUGGGAAAGCCCUGCUCUUGCUGCGGAGUGACAUGAUGAUGAAGUACAUGGGGCUGAAGCUGGGGCCAGCCCUGAAGCUCACUUACCACAUCGACAAGCUAAAGCAAGGCAAGUUCUGAGAGGACGCUUGGCAGGACGGAUCCUGGAAGCUCCGCUCCUGGCCAUCCAUACCCGCGCUCGCCUGCCGACAGGUACGCAUGCACACACAUCCAUUUACGCCGCAGACGGACACCUCGCCGACACCCCGGCCCCGCUGCAGGGGUCCAGACGCCCGCCUGCGCCAGCGGCCAGGCCCCGGCGGGCGCUCGGGAGGAGGCUGGGGCACAGUUGGCCCCGGGGCUUCGCACCAGACUCAAGUCGUGGGCGUCCAGUUGGAAGCGGAGGGUCUCUCCCUGCUGCCCAGCCGGCGCUUCUCCGCAGGCUCCCGGUCCUGCUUCCCUAGGAUGGAGCAGCAGCUCUGGGCAGAGCCCGUGGGGACUGGGCGCUCGUGCUGGCUCCUCUCCCUCUCGCUGUGGCUCGUGCGCUCCCGGCCUCGCCUGCUCGGGGCGGCCCUCGGCU